CGCGGUUGCGCGCGCCGUCCCGUUGGUAGAUGAGAUGGAGGAUUUGGCAAGCGCGGACUUUGAUCCCCAGCAAUGGCUGGACAACUUUUGCGCCACCCCCGAUGUGACCUUGGAGGUGAUGCAGAACAAGGUGGCUGAAUUCAAGGCGCAAAUCGACCAGAAUGGCAUGCAGCUCCGUGAAAACGUUUUUCGACACCACGGCACCUACAUUUCCACGGCCAAGGAAAUCUCGGCACUGGAAGCACAGCUCCAUCAGGUCGAGCACUUGCUUCAGGUGCAGGAGAACAAGGUCCGCGACCUCGAGGAGGUCCUUGAAACGGGCAUUGUUCCGGGGCACGACGUGAAGGAUGAAUUGGAAUGGACCAUCCACGAUGUCGAUGGCCUCGAUCGUUUGCAGACCGAACUGGAAAACGAUUCGCUGCUCCACCAGGGCACGCUCACGCUCUGGGAGCUCGGAAUGCAAAUGGUUCAGGCUCCCGUCAUGCUCUUCCUCUAUCAUCACCUCUUUGUGCUGGCACAAUUCAGUGAUGAUGAAGAAGGCCGACCGCUGCAACUGCUCGAGGCCACCCCGACUAGCCAGUUUGCAGUACAAGACUUGCCAGACGACGACGAACUGGUCAACGCUAUCCUGCUAGAGGCCAACGACCGCUACAUCUUGGUGGCCGAGGCCCCAGCUCAGAAGAACACCUGGCUGCGCUUUCUGCGCCGUGUGGCACUCGCCAAGGCACACGGCGACGACCACCUUCUCGACGAAGGCGAAGAAGAGCCGGUCAAGACCAAAUUGGAUGCCUGGCUCGUGGAUGCACCAGAUGAUCUCGAUGUCUUCAUUGCGCAGCGACGCUUCCAAGAGGCCGUUGAUCUGGUCGACAGUGCCCACGCAGCGCUGGCCCCUCUGGUCAACCACAUGGAAGAGGCCGAACAGCUGGCGCUGGAGGUGGACGAGCGCAUCGGUCUGCUGGCCCAGGUUUUGGGCGACGAGAUUACACAAGCCGCCAUGCGCCCCGCGGUUGUCCGGACCACCGUCUUCCUUAUGCUCCGACUCAAUCGCGAGGAUGACGCCCGUCGAAAAUAUCUUCGCUAUUGGUCCAACGAGAUUACCCGUCAAAUGCGGUGCAUACCCCGGCGCAACAUGCAGCCAGUUUGCGUGGUGCACCUGUUUAUUCACUGGUUUGCUGCCGGGGCCUACUCUUCUCGUAGAAAUCUCAAGGUGGAGGGCUCGACCAACUUGUUUAUCGAAAAGCUGUCUUCAACGUUCUUCUCCAUUCUCUCGGCCACCUGCCAAGAGUUUCCCGAACUCUUUGGGAACUGCGCCAUGUCCAUCCAUGCUCACUGGCUCAAGCAUGAAGUGGUGGCCUUUGCCGCCGUCUUUAUUCGCCAGGUCAUGGAUGCGGCCAACAACACCCUGACGGAUAUUGCUGCAGCCACAGAUGUGGUGCUUCAGCAUUUGGACCGGUUGCGCCAGCAAGGCUUGGACAUGUCAUUUUGGUUUUUCCACCAGAUUUUUGAGCCCCUGCAGCAGGCGGUGACCAAAGACGGACAAGCACGCAUCUCUGAAACGGCCGUGUCGCUGGUGGAUGCGCGAGAGUGGACGGCCAUGGAGUUUUCGGGUCGAGCGGCGCGCAAGCAAUUUUUGGACACCAUGGCUGCGGCAGACAUUGAGCAUGCAGAAGACUAUCUCGAAGGCAUGAGCACGCCACUGUUGGAGGCUUCACAGCAAUUUGCACGCGAAGUGAACGAGUUUACCGUCUGCGCUUGUCAGACGGUGCAUCCACAGCUUUUGCGCACGUACUGCGAUGUAUUGCGAAAGAUGUUUUUGGUCAUGGCCAAGGGGUACGCCCAGGCCCAUGAGACCGCAACCCCUGGCGAGCAGGAGAUUUUGCGCUUGAACAUCCAUUUUGUUGUCGAUGUUGUCUUUCUCAAGUGCACGGAAAAGCUGAAGGCUGCCUUUCAGGGCCCCUUGCCCGUCUUGCCCGAGGUACAACGACAGCUGGCCAAGAUUGUGAGUCGGCUCGGUCAAGCAUCUCCCGAAGACGUCUCGCACAUCUAGGCCGACGUCGACGCCGACGCCUUUUGGCGGUUUCUGAGCUCCUGAUGGGUGGGUUGCCUUGAAGGGUAUUGUGAAAGACACACGUUCUUGAAUCGUGAGCAAGUUUGAAGUAAAGUGUAACGUGUAUCACACUUGUCUUUUCAAGCACACGUCGUGUGUGCUGACAACCCCCACUCCUUGCCGCAUAAUUUUAAAAGUAUUUUA